UCUUCGUGCUCGACCGACACAAGUCUAUACCAGUCACGAAAUCUCUCACGCCUCUCUGUCUCUUUCUCUCACGAUCCCGAAAAUGUCUGACCUCAUCACCGGCCUUCCCUGCAACUCCGACGGCCUCUGCAUGGUGUGCAACCAAAAGCCGUCACCGGAGGACUUGUUGUCUUGCACCACGUGCGCCUCACCCUGGCACCUGACUUGCCUCUCCGUCAGUCCCGAAACCUCAGCCGACGCUCUGGUGUGGCAGUGUCCUGACUGCACUUCUCCGACAGCUUCGGUCGGUGCCAGAGGAGCAGGAAGCUCCGGCGAUUUGGUGGCGGCCAUCCGAGCUCUGGAGACCGAUGAGUCGUUGAGUGAGGCUGAGAAGGCGAAGAAACGGCAGGAGCUGAUGUCCAAAAACGUUUUAGCAACGUCCGAUGGCAAAAGCAACAACUGUGUGAAGAGGACCAACGGCAGUCGUAAUGAUGCCCUCGAUAUUCUCAUUAAGAGCUUAACCUGUUCAAUUUGCUUCGAACUUCCGGAGAGGCCUGUUACGACACCUUGCGGGCACAACUUCUGCCUCAAAUGCUUUGAGAAAUGGGUGGCGCAGGGUAAACUUACAUGUGCAAAUUGCCGCCAAUCGAUCCCCUCCACUCUGAGAAUCAACUCUAAUCAUGUGGGAAGCAUUCGUAUUGCCAAGGCAUCACAACGCAGCGGCUCAGGGGAGUACCUACCUCAGUUGGCUCAUCGCAUUCGAAACCAGGACCGUCCAGACAAAGCAUUUACAACCGAGCGAGCCAAGAAGCCUGGGAAAGCUAAUGCCUCAAGUGGAAGGAUCUUUGUGACAUCAGCUCCGGAUCAUUUUGGGCCCAUAACAGCCGAAUAUGAUCCUGAGAAGAAUAAGGGUGUGGCGGUGGGGGAGACUUGGGGGCAUAGGAUUGAAUGUAGACAAUGGGGAAUUCAUCGCCCUAUGGUUUCCGGGAUUUCUGGGCAGUGCAAGUAUGGCGCCCAAUCAGUGGUUCUCUCAGGAGGGUAUAUAGACGAUGAAGAUCACGGUGAAUGGUUCAUUUAUACCGGGAGUGGUGGCAAGGAUUUGAGUCGAAACAAGCGUACCAACAAGCAACACAGUAAAGAUCAGACGUUCACAAAGCUUAAUCAGUCACUCAGGCUAAGUUGCCUAAAUGGUUAUCCUGUUCGAGUAGUGAGAUCGCACAAGGAGACACGCUCUUCGUAUGCGCCUACGGAGGUGGGACUGCGAUAUGAUGGGGUUUACAGGAUUGAAAAAUGUUGGCGGAAAGAUGGAACACAGGGGGUUAAGGUUUGCAGAUAUCUUUUUGUAAGAUGUGACAACGAACCUGCGCCUUGGACGAGUGAUGAUCAUGGGGACCGUCCAAGGCCUCUGCCAGAUAUUGCAGAGUUGAACAGUGCCAUUGAUAUAACAAAUACAAAGGGUUCUCCUUCUUGGGACUAUGAUGCAGAAAAAGCGUGCUGGAUGUGGAAAAAGCCUCGACCACUUAGCAGACAACUGGUGGAUAGGGGAGAACCAGAUGGGAAGAAAAUUAGGAGAGUUAGACGGCAGGAACAGAAUGCGAAAGAAAAAGUUCUCAAAGGGUUUAGGUGUGAUAAAUGUCAGAAGAUUAUGACUGAACCAGUUACUACACCAUGUGGUCAUAACUUCUGCAAAGCUUGUCUGCAAGAUACCUUUGCUGGUAUAAGUUUAAUAAAACAGAGGACGUGCCAAGGCGGAAGAACAUUGCGAGCACAAAAGAACGUCAUGAAAUGCCCAAAGUGUCCACAUGACAUAGCUGACUUUCUUCAAAAUCCACAGGUUAAUAAGAAUCUUGAGAACGCCAUAGAAUUACUCCAUCAGAAAGAGGAAGAUGUUGCAGAGGAAGUGGAAGACGCUGAGGAAGAUGAAGAUGAUGAAGAAGAGGAAGAAGCUGAAGAAACUUACAAUGCCGGUGAAGAGAGUGAAGCCGAAGACAAAGGAAGCAUCCCACCAAUACCUCAGAUUGAAACUACAGAGCAACAAACCUGUGAGCAAAAGAAACCAAGUCAUAAGCGAAAUAGGUCGAGCAAUGGAGACAACGUGUUGGAUGGCGGAGCACUGACCAAGAGAAGCAAGAGGAGUAAAGUGGGAGCAGCUAGUAGUCUGAUUGAUUCAUGAUCAAUCAAUGGAUCAAGUUGUUCUCUUGGUCAUCUUUCACUAUCAAUUCCUUUUUAAUAUGUUAUCAUCCAAGCUUAAUAGCUUAUCCUUGUAAACGGUUGCUACUUAUUCUUAUCAAGUAUAUGACAAAUAAAAAAAACUUUUGUUCAGUUUAUAGUAUCAUUACUUCCCUA